UGAUGAUGAAAUCUACCCCAGGAUCAUGAAUUAUAAAUUCCAGCCUUCUACGUGCAUCAAGGUGCAAACUUCCCAGUCUGUUCUCCAGAUUUCUAAGCAUCAUCUACAUACUUCGUGUCCAGACUACCCUCCUACCACAGAAAGUCCCAUCUCUUCUCUACUUCAAGCUCCACCAUGCAGAACACAAAACGUGGCAAGGCCGUGCCGACUGACACCCCGGCGUCCAAAUUCUUGUACGCCAUCCUCAAACAGUUGGAUCUUAGAUCGGUUGAUUGGAACCUAGUGGCCACUGAUCUCGAAAUCUCCAAUGGCCACGCUGCACGGAUGCGAUACUCCCGCUUCAGACAGCAGAUGGAGGGCAAUGUUCCAUCCACCCGAGCUCCUCGUGCUAAGAAAGACAACCCAAAGUCGAACAAGGGUGGUUUACCCAGCGAAAACGGCCAGAAGAGUCUUCCAUCCCCUUCUCCCGAGCCGGUGACGAACCAGGGAUUCUCAGCUCCCUACGGCGAGCAUAUUUCCUCCUUGAUGAUGCCGUCUCCUGGUCCUUCGCUCUCUCCUAUGAUGCCGUCCACUCAUCCAGCUGCACGACUACCGUACCAUCCUCCUUCCCUUCCUACACCCGAGGUAAAGCACGAGCCUCUGGAGGCUGCUUUCGAGCCUUGCCUGGAGAAUAUGUUCAAGCCCGAGCCCUACGACGAGCACGUCUCAUCGCUGGUGGAUAUACCUCUUACUACCUCUUUCCCGAUGUCGACAAUCCCACCAGCUGUUGCCCCGUACACUUCUAUGUUUACCGACCUCGGCAACCCGGUCAUGUACGCAUCUGCAGCAGCAUUUCAACCCGGACUUCAAGCUGAGUUUCGACCUGCGUUCCAACCCGAGCCAUUCUACCACGAGCCCGUCGGGGCCCAGCACCCGAAUAGUUUCUGGUGGCCUAGGAUUCAGCCGGAGCAGGUGAUAGUGGGAGAGGAUAUGGAGAUCGAAGAAACAAUCAAGGGAGAGCAGCUAGAGGAUGGUGAUGCUACAGAUGAUUAGGGUAGGUUUGGAUCUGGGAAUUUGGUCUCGCGCUAUGGCUAUGGUUUUGUAUGGUAUCAUGUUUGACUGCAACUGAUGGAGCUCGUGGCCC